ACAAACACACUUCGCACACACACGCUCGCAUAUAAAGACACUUGUAUAGUGGACUUGUAUCAUAAUCUUUACGGUCGGACCUCUGCACUCGUCACCGUUUGGAAGUCCACCCCCUCGCACGGGUCAAACAAGCUGAGACUUGUUCCUCAGUCUAUCGGCACACAACUGGGGCAGAAGGAACAGCAUCACAUCUGUGUAGCAGCAUCUACAUCAUCACCAUCACACCUGCACACACACACACACCUCUAGAACGGCAGCAAGAGCACCUGUACAACAGCAGCAUCACAUCUGUAUCGCAUCAUCACACCUGUACACACCUGUACAACAUUCGCGCCGUCACCACACCUGUGCUACAGCGGCCGCAGCAUCACACCUGUAGCAGCAGCAGCAUCGUCACACCUGUACUCAGUAGCAACAGCAGCAUCGUCACACCUGUACUCAGUAGCAACAGCAGCAUCGUCACACCUGUACUCAGUAGCAACAGCAGCAGGGGCAUCUCACCGGGCACCAAUGUCGUUCUCCUCUCACAGCGCGAGUGGCAGCUCCUCGCCACGCACGGCCACCACUCGCUCUUUCUCCUCCUCCAGCAGGAUGGCCCCCGGCAGGAGGAUGGCCACCAUCGCCUCCGCGUCCUCCAUGUCCUCUCUGCCCACCCUCAAGGGGCUCCACGGGGACGAGAAGGCGGAGAUGCAGGGCCUCAACGGGCGGCUCGCCACCUACAUCGAGCGCGUUCGAUCCCUGGACGAGGCGAACCGCAGGACGGAGCUGCAGAUCAAGGAGUUGGUGGAGAAGCGACCCUCGGGCGCCGUAGAGCUGCGGCAGUACCACGAGGCCGCGCGCGAGCUGCGGGGCCAGAUUUUGAAAGCCACGAUGACCAACGCACGUCUGCACGUGGAGCUGGACAACGGGCGCCUGGCUGCCGAGGAUUUCCGAGCAAAGUUGGAGUCGGAGGUUUGCAUCCACACCUCGGUGGAGUCGGACAUCACGAACCUGCGACGCGCCAUCGACGAGACCAACGUGACGCGCAUGAGCCUGGAGGGACAGGUGGAACUGCUCGAGGAGCAGCUCCUGCACAUGCAGAAGAGCCAUGCGGACGAGAAGAGUUCCCUGCUCAAGGAGAUCGAAGAGUCGAGCAUCUCGGUGGAGGUGGACAGCGUCAAGGGCCACAACCUCAACGACAUCAUCGCCGAGAUCAGGGCUCAGUACGAGGCGCUCAUCAAGAGUAACCUGCAGGAGAUGGAGGUCUGGCACAAGAGCAAGGUCGACGAGAUUCACCCGCGCAUCUCGCAGAACUCGGAGGAGCUGGGCACCCUCAGGCAGCAGCUGUCGGAGCAGCGUCGCGCGAUGCAGGCCCUGUACGCCGAGGCGGAAACCCUGCGCUGCACGGUGUCAUCGCUGAACGAGGCAGCCCAGGACGUGGAGGCGCACAGCGCAGAGGGUCUGGCAGGCCUGGCGGGGUCAAUCUCCCGCCUGCUCUCCGAGCUGGGUUCGGCGCGCGGCGACAUCGACCGGCAGCUGCGCGAGCACGAGGCUCUGCUCAACACGAAGAUGCGCCUCGAGGAGGAGAUCGAGACGUACAGGCGCCUGCUGGAGGGCCAGCACAGCCACUGCGAGGAGCAGACGACCGUCCGGGUGACAAAGGAUGAAAAGCAGAAACCGAGCAAGAUAACCAAGAAGAUGGUGAAGGUGGUGACGCAGGAGAUCAUAGACGGCCGCGUGGUGUCGGAGAGCUCGGAGACACAGGACGUGGUGCUGACCAGCAGCGACAGCUAGUAGCGGUGACCGCUCAAGAUCAGCAAGGGGAGGCCGGGCAGCUCAACGGUCUGCAGAGCAAUUGGGCAAUCACCUCCGAGAUCCGGGGUCUGCGUCUGGGUUUCGUUCACUCGUGAUUAAACCGGGUUUUAAGGUCUAGCAAAUUUACGGUUUUGGUACAGUCACCAAUAACUGCUAAGAUAAAUGUAUGUUACAACACCAUCCCGUCGAGUUUGUUUAUCAAUUAAUGUGGCAAAAGUUCCAAUUCAGACGAUUGUUUUUUUGUUGGUUUGACUGAGACGUGAACAUUUUUAGCGCAGGGCCAUGUGGGAAUGCACUGCCCCCCUUAGUGCGUGGCUUAAAGAUACAACGGGAAGGGAUCUCAGAAGAAUUUCUGCGACAUCUGCUUCCGAGGGCCAAUUCUCCUACACGGGGGGCGGCGGGGGGGGGGAUGCACUGCUCUGCAAAAGUUCCCAAUGGGAACUUCAUUUUACGACGUUUUCGAAUCAAACUGGUGAAAGUGGCCCACUGUGGGCCAGAGGUCGCAAUCGGGUACCCGAUACCCGUACCCUACCCGUACCCGGCCGGGUACGGGUAGCCGGGUAUCGGGUAGGGUACGGGUACCCGUUUGCGACCCUGGCGCGGCCGGGUACGGGUACGGGUAAGGAAUCAAAACCCGUUUGCGACCUCUGCUGUGGGCCACUGGGAAUAAGGGCCAAUAUCCUGUUAAUGAUCACUGCAUCUGGCCAAUUUAAUUGGUGGUGGUUGUUUUAUCUAGUAAACGUUUUUUAGGCAAUUGUAGGCAGCUAGUAUGAGGCUGGAGGUCAUUGAUAUUGUUUUGCAAUGAGGGUUACUUCUGGAAUAUUAACUAGUUGUUACAACUUAAGGUGUUAAAAUAUUUUUACUCAACAUAGAACAUCCCAGUAUCCUACCAUGCACUGCUAUUCAUGGAACAAUCGGUACAUGUUGGCAAAUAUAUACACUUCAACCAACCUCAAAGUCAGUAGCGUACAUAAAAGCCAUUAUGCAUUGCUGUGGAGAAUUAAGGGUAAAAGCAUAAGUCGGUGCUGGCACAUUUAUAUUUUAGUCCAUCAGCCUAUUGGCAUUCCAGAUCAAUGAUACAGCUUGGUUGCUUAAACAAAUGCUGCUUGAUAUUGGUCUUUAAAGCCUAAUAGCUAAUUGACCGAAACAUAUAUUUGCUUCGGAAAAUAAUGCUUUGUAAUCACUGUUUGUAAUCACAUCAGAAAAAUUAAUGUUACUUCAUUAUAGUGUUAACAUCCGACUGUGACUUCGACUGCAAACUGAUGAAAGCUAAAUGCUGGUGUUUCAUGAGAGGCAUAUAAUUAAUAGUGUGGUGUGUUUAUGAGUUAACAGAUGCAAUGUGAAAAGAUACAAUGUGAAAAACAAAAUAAAUAAAUGACGAUCCAU